AUGAGGAAAUUUAAUUUAGCAUUAAUUGAUUAUACUAAAGCAAUUGAAUUGAACUCAAAUGAUACUAAAGCUUCUAACAAUAGAAGUUAUUUUAAUUAUAAUUUAAAUAAGGAAAUUUAUAUAAAGAAAAUGGCUAAUAUGACAAGGCCUUUUAAGAUUGUAUUUAAGCACUUAAAUUAGAAUCAGACAAUCCCCUUAUAAUGGUGAAUUUAGAUGAUCAUUAUUUUCGGCCAAAUUAUAAUCAAUCAUUGAAGUAUUAUACACAAGCCCUUGCAUAAUUAGACUAAAUCACUCAGUAGAAGAGGAAAAAAUGGAAUUUGUCAGAAAAGAAUAUAUAAUUCAUUUAAAAAAAAGUAACUUUUUUAAAAAGAAAUUUAAGAUGAAAUAAAUUUUUAAGAUAAGAUAUUUAAAAAUUACAAACUCAAUUUGAAUAAAAGAACCAAACAUUAAAUGAUGUGAAGGAUAAAUUCACUAUAUUAGAAAGAAAACUAACAGUUUAAUUAAUGGCAAGGACAGAUUUAAAAUAGCCAUAAGAAAAGCAAGAAGAGUUAGAUCCAUUAUAAUUGAUUAAAGAAGAUAUGAAAUAGAUUAGAUAAUAAUUAGUUAUAUUAUAAGAAAUUGUAAAUUAAUAAAAUGAAAUUAUAAGUAAUUUAGAAGAUGAUAAUAAAUAGUUGAAGAAUAGGAUAGCUUUCAAACAUAAGUAUCUUUGAAAUUUCUUUAAAAAGCAGAAAAUAAAACUCAAUUUAUUUAUUAAAAAGCAUUGAAAAUUUCUUCAGAAUAAUAUUAAAUGAAUAGAGAUGCUAUGAUUCAAAGCAAUUCUAAAAAAGUACUAGAUAUAGUACAAAAGGUUUUUAAUAUUGGAUGAAAGGUUACGGAUUUAUACCAGUAGGUGGAGAAGCAUUUAAUAUUAUACAUGAUGCACUUGAUUAUGCAAAUGAAUCAAAAAAGGAAAAUAAAUUUAAGUUUAGGCUUAAAAAAUUAACUAAUAUCUGAAAAUGUUAUAAUUUAAUUAGCCCUUCAGAAUUAGAAAUUAAAGUAAAAAUAACAGCAAUUGAUCUUGCAAAGUAGUAAUAAUAAGAAACCCUUUAAUAAAAUAAUUAGUAAUUCAAUUAAUUUUUAGUUAAGUUAAACAAAAUAGAAAAUCAAAAGGAUGAAUAAAAUGAAUAUUGGAAAAAUGGGACUAAUGAUGCAUUAAUUAUUUUAAAGUAUUUAAACGAUUAAUCAUCAUCUAUAAUAGAAAAUUCUGAUAAAAAACUUAGAUAGAUAUUCGUUGAAGUUGUUGAAAUGAAUAAUAAAUAAUAAAAUUAGGUUUAAUAGCAACAAUAGGGAAAUAAAAUUUAAAAAGUUUAAAUUUUAUCAAAUCCUAGUUCAUUAUGUUCACGUAUAUGUUUAAUUUCAUGA